AUAUAGUCUAUAAGCAGCUAUCUCUGAGAAAAAGACAACAAAACAUGCGUCCUUCUUCGUUUAAUUUUACAAUGGUGCUGAACAAAGCGUGCUGCUGAGGAUGCCAGGCAGACAUAAAAAGCUAUCCAAGCUAUCUAGCCCAGCUAUGUUAGCUGGUAAGGUAUCGAGAACUCGAUGCUUUUUUUAGAAGGGAAUGGAGUCUGACAAUUUGUGUUGCGCCAUCUGCAUUGAGAAAUUUCGAGUGCCUGUUACCAUCCCGUGCGGGCACACUUUCUGUCAGAAAUGCAUCAGUAAGCUGUGGGACACCAAGGAAGAAAAGGGCAUUGUGACUCAGUGUCCGCUCUGCAACGAAGAGUUUCCGACCAGACCGGCGCUGAAGAGGAACUACUCCCUUUCGCUGCUGACUGAAGCCACGGUGUCCGUUUCCAGAGAGCUGCCCUCGGUGUCCAGGACAGACCGACCCGAUCUGGAGCUGGAGCUCUGCGGUCAGCACGACAAACCUCUGGUCAUCUACUGUAGGACCGAAGGGAGAUGCGUGUGCUACGAAUGCGCCAUCACUGCCUGUAAAAACCAUGAACAAGUGGUAGUGGAAGAGGAGAGGAGAAGUAGAGAGGCUGGCCUGAAGAAGAAGGCCGUGGAGAUCAAAAAGCACAUGGAGGAGACCGAGAAAAACAUUGUGAAGCUCAGGGAGAACAUCGCCAAUGCUAAAGUGUCGUACCAGCAGACGGCCCAGUGGAUGGACCUGCGGUUCUCUGACCUGCUGAAGGUUCUGCAGGAGAAGCAGGAGGUGACCCAGAGCUACUUGGCCCAGGAGCAGGACACGGCGCUGACCCAGGCCCAGGAGCGACUCGAGGAGCUGCAGGAGCGCUCAGAAAGACUGCAGCAGAGCCACGAGCAGAUCGCAGAGGUCAACACACUACCACAUAGCAGGCUCAUACAGGAGUCUCGACUGGUGGAGGUACCUCAGAUGCAAGACGUUCCUGUGGACGUCAACGUCAAUCUGCAGGACAGACUGGCAGGUGUCACCGACAUCCUCACCCGAGUAUCCAAACUGGUCCUGGAGGACCUGGUAAAGGCCAUGGACACUGCUAUCGGACAGGACAAACAAGGAUCUCCUCAGGACAAGAAGCCUACGCUGGCCGUCGUGCCGAGCCCUGCCACCCCCUCCUACCCCGGGGGCAGGGAAGGACUGAGUGAGUAUCGCUGUUCCCUGACCUUCGACCCCCGAACGGCCAACUCCCACCUGCAGCUGUCGCUUAGCAACCGCCGCGCGGAGCACCUGACAACGGGUCCGUGGCCGGUGCCGGUGGACAAGGCGCGCUUCGACCACACCUGGCAGGUGCUGUGCCACGAGGGCUUCCAUCGCGGACGCCACUACUGGGAGCUGGAGGUGUCCAAGCCCUGGGCCUACCUCGGCGUCACCUACCAGGCCAUCCCGCGCAAGGAGAAGGGCAAGCAGUGCAUGGUGGGCAUGAACGAGCUCUCCUGGAGCCUGCAGCUGGACGAGCGGCAGCUCAGCGCCUGGCACGCCGGCCGCCGGGAGACGGUCGCCGCGGCGACGCACCACCCCCCACACCAGCCGCUGCGUAUCGGCAUGCUGCUGGACUACGAGGCCGGCACGCUGACGUACUACGGCGAGGGGCAGGCAAGGCUGCACGCCUUCCACUGCGUCUUCACCCAGGAGCUGUUUCCGGCAUGCUGGAUCGGAGAGGGCGUCAGCGUCACACUCUGCCUCCCCUGACCACCUCAGGGGCCGGUGGGGCAGACCAGGAGGAAAGACGACCAUGCCAGAACUGACUUUUUACACUAUCGGACCCCCCUGGUUUUGGACUGAGCUGGCUUGACCAGGCCGAGACAAUCGUUUCUGAAAAGCAAAACAAACGAACGUGCUUCCACGGGCCUGUGGGAAAACACUGCACAACAACAACAAAAAAGGGAUCGUGUGCGUAGCAUCUCUGUGAGCAGGUACAAGAAGAAGAAACAUGACAAAACACAACACAAAAAAACUCAUGAACACUUCUGAAGAAACACAAGACAAAAGGAAAAGGACAAAAAACAACAAAAAAAUAACCUCAUGACUCCUGUAGAAACCCCCUUCUGUAGAUCUCCACCUCAGAGGUGCAACACCCCUGUCCAUCAGCACUAGACCCCCCAGGUGUCCCCUUGUCUGCCGGGCCAACACAUGAGCCUGUGGUCUGAGUGGACACAAGCCGAAGGGGAGGGGGGCAGGACAGCAUUGCACAUAGACAGUGACUCUACUGGAAAGGCUCUGUGAGAGCAACAUACACAUACACACACACACACACACGCACACAAUGAGAGCCACCUCCCGUGCUAUAUUGUCCUCUUCCCCAGACAUUCUCUCCAGACCAAACAGUGUUCUACUCAAGUAGUAACGGCACAGUACUGUUAUGUUGCCUCCUGGGGAACAGAAAACAUGAUUCCCCUCACAGUUUGCUGGAUGACAAACAAACAAAUAAAUGAAUGAAUAAA